AUGGGUAGAAUUAAGGAACUCGUCAAGAAUUCACAAGGUAUCGCACGGGAAGCCGUUAUUCUACUACCAUCACAUCGUCUGAUUCGCCGGCCACUCAAUCUUUUAACUCCAUUGGAGUUAGAUGAACCUCCAUUGCAGCAAACACAAAACGACCAGCAACUGGAGACAACUACUCCACAACCAACUAGGCAACACGAAUUACCAAUGGAAGGAAACAAUACAAAAGCAGUAACAGAAGCAACUCCCAGAAAGCGGACAGGUACAUAUAACUUACGACGCCAGCAGCGAAUUGAUUAUAACAAACUUGUCAACCCUUCACUAGCAACAACUUUAAAUGUUUCACUGAUCCUUAGCAUUCUAUUCCUAUUAGCUAUUCUGGAACAAUGCUCAGCAGCACACUCGUACCGGCAUACCAACUUUUGCCAUAUAAAGUGCAUCAACGGAGGAAUACAACUCACUUUAUCUGGCAACACCCCUUACCAGGUAUGUGCAGACGGUUACUGUGAAACGCUGGAAACACCAGAAUCCAACAAGAUAGUCAGUCUUCCACCGCAUAUAAUUCCUCAUGAACGCAAAAUUCAAUGGAAACUUGCUGAUAAUCAAUCAGUCGAUAAUAUUGAAACAACAUGUCCACCGUCACCAUUCUGCGAACACCUCAGCUGUGCACUGUGUGUGGAGCUAAUUUUCAAUCCCGAAUGCUGGCCAACAAGUGCAAUACUGGCAUCAGCAAUUGCCAUUUAUUGCAUUAAUACCGGCUGCUACGUACUACUUUACGUACCACUCACUCUCGGAAAACCAAUACGAAAAAUGCUUUGCUUCACUUGGUAUGCAAAACAAUCGGUAAUCACCAGUUUGAAUCGGAAAAUCAGAAGACCUCGCUCCACGCAUCACAACGUCAAACUCAGCAGAUUAAUAGUGACUGCAACGUCACUUGUGCUCACAUGUAACGGUUUUCAACAGGUAAAUCUAUUUCCACAUAUAAACAUACUUUGA